AUGGCUUCUUUUGUUGCGACACAAAGGGCCCGAGCCGCAGUAUUUGGAAAGUCCUUUCGUCUAACUCAGACGAUGUUUGGGGCUCGCAGCGUCACCACACGCGCAACUUCCUACACGCUUAACACUGGCGCGAAGAUCCCUGCACUGGGAUUUGGCACAUUCCAAGACCCGGAUUCCCAAGAAGACACUGUUAGCCUGGCGCUACGGAAAGGCAUGCGACUGAUUGACACUGCCUGUGUCUACAACGUCGAAGAGCAAGUAGGAAAGGGGAUCAAGAAGAGUGGCAUUCCCCGCGAGGAGAUCUUCCUCGGCACAAAGCUGUGGUGCAACGACUAUUACCCCGAUGACGUGGAGCGCGCUGUGGAUGAUUCACUGCGUGACUUGGACACACCAUACGUGGAUCUCGUGUUGAUGCAUUAUCCUUGCACCUUCAAGCGCGGCCCUGAUCGAUUCCCACGAGACGCGGAAGGGAGGAUGAUUGCGGGAAAGACAGACUUUGUGCAGACAUGGAAAGCAAUGGAAGAAGUGGUCAAGACAGGCAAGGUCAAGGCCAUUGGUGUUUCGAACUUCAGCAAGGGCGAGAUCGAGACUUUGCUCAAGAAGACUAGCACGGUCCCUGCUGUCCACCAAAUGGAAGUCCACCCCUAUCUCCAGCAGAAGACAUUCAAUGAGUGGCUGAAGUCACAAGGAAUCCACGUCGUCCAAUUUAGUCCUCUGGGAAACAUGAACGAUUUCUACCGACAGACCGGCUGGUCCAAGGAAAUUGCCCACAUGAUGCGGGUUAUUGACCAGCCUAUUCUGAAGGAGAUCGGUGAGAAAUACGACAAGAGUCCUGUUCAGGUGGUGCUUGCUUGGGGCAUCAACAGUGGCCGCUCAGUCAUUCCUAAGAGUGUCGUGGAUUGGCAGAUUGAGCAGAAUCUUGAGGCUGACUUUGAACUGCAACCUGAAGACAUGGCUCAAAUCGCGACUUUGGAUGCCCAGGCUCGCUUUAAUGACCCAAGCUUGGACUACGAGUGGCGUCUGUAUAGUGAUUUAGAGGGCAUUGAUGGCACAAUGAGUGGACGAACCCAUUAG